CCUCCGCGGCAAGAAAGUAAACCGCGCUAAUCCCGGCUCCGACAUAGUCCGACCACCCCCCCCCGCGCCAGCCUUCUCCAUCCCUCCACUGACCCAACAUUCCUCCGAAACUAAAACCGCUCCCGGAUCCUCUCCGUUCGUCUAAAAGUAAACGCAUUACGCACGAAAAAAAAACACGAGAGACGUAACCCUGAUAAAAUUAAUAAUAACAACGUUAAAAUCGUGGGUGUUUUUUUUUGUUGUUGAAAUAUAACGGUAUCUAUAUAUAAAAAAAAUCCAUUGCCAACACAACACAUAGGGGCGAGCCCAGCCCCGAUGUUGAGAUUCACUCUGGCUACAAGAAGGAGUGGUGGUGGGGGUGGUGGUAGUGGCUCUCGUUACGUCGUCGUGCCUCCUCCUCCUGCUGCUGCUGCUGCUCAUGACGGCACGCACGCUCCGACCGUGAUCACCCAGGGACGGGAUAAGGACCACAGACAGGCACACAAUUGAGAGAGAGGGAGAAGCUCGCCACGUUUCUUCUCCUCCUGCUCCCCCCUACCUCCCUUUAUACCCCCCGUACAAUCAGCAGCAGCAGCAUCAGCAGCAGCAGCAUCAUCGACAUCAGCCAUAGCCGAGCGGCUGGAGGAGAGCAGCAAGGACGUCCCUUCGCGGGGAGGGAGGGUUUUCUCGAGGAGCUAAGAGCCGAACGCAGCCAUGACUGCGGUAAGCAAAGACCUGGAGGGCAGCAUGGACAUACAGCAGCAGUACGAGAGCAUCAACAACCGAUGGGAGGCAAGCGAGGAGGACUGGGACAAUGAGAACAGCUCGGCGAGGCUCUUUGAGCGCUCCCGAAUCAAGGCUCUUGCUGAUGAGCGUGAGGCUGUACAGAAGAAGACCUUCACCAAGUGGGUGAACUCUCACCUGGCGCGCGUAUCCUGCCGCAUCACCGACCUCUACACGGACCUGCGCGAUGGCCGCAUGCUCAUCAAGCUCCUCGAGGUCCUAUCUGGGGAGAAGCUGCCCAAGCCGACGCGUGGCAAGAUGCGCAUCCACUGCCUCGAGAAUGUGGACAAGGCGCUGCAGUUCCUCAAGGAGCAGAAGGUGCACCUGGAGAACAUGGGCUCGCACGACAUCGUGGAUGGAAACCACCGUCUCAUCCUGGGCCUCAUCUGGACCAUCAUCCUGCGUUUCCAGAUUCAAGACAUCAGCGUGGAAACCGAAGACAAUAAGGAGAGAAGAUCCGCUAAGGACGCCUUACUCCUGUGGUGUCAAAUGAAAACAGCUGGAUACCAGAAUGUCAACAUACACAACUUCACGACCAGCUGGCGGGACGGUCUGGCCUUCAAUGCCAUCGUCCACAAACACAGGCCUGAUCUGAUUGAGUUUGACAAACUGAAGAAGUCCAAUGCUCAUCACAAUCUGCAAAAUGCUUUCAACAUCGCUGAGCAGAAACUCGGGCUCACCAAGCUUCUUGAUCCUGAAGACAUCAGUGUGGACCAACCUGAUGAGAAGUCCAUCAUCACCUACGUAGUCACGUACUACCAUUAUUUCUCCAAGAUGAAGGCCUUGGCUGUUGAGGGCAAGCGCAUUGGAAAGGUGCUGGAAAGUGCCAUUGAAACAGACCAGAUGAUUGAUAAGUAUGAGACGCUGGCAUCGGAACUGCUGGAGUGGAUUGAGCAGACCAUCAUCAUUCUCAACAACCGCAAAUUUGCCAACUCUCUAACCGGGGUGCAGCAGCAGCUGCAAGCCUUCAGCACCUACCGCACCGUGGAGAAGCCAAAUAAAUUCACAGAGAAAGGGAACCUGGAGGUACUUCUCUUCACCAUCCAGAGCAAGAUGAGAGCAAACAACCAGAAGGUGUACACUCCCCGGGAAGGCAAGCUCGUCAACGAGAUCAACAAGGCCUGGGAGCGCCUGGAGAAGGCGGAGCACGAACGGGAGCUGGCUCUGCGGAACGAGCUCAUCCGACAGGAGAAGCUGGAGCAGCUGGCUCGACGCUUUGACCGCAAAGCGGCUCUUCGCGAGACCUGGCUCAGCGAGAACCAGCGCCUCGUCACACAGGACAACUUUGGCGUGGACCUGCCGGCCGUGGAGGCGGCCACCAAGAAGCACGAGGCGAUUGAGGCCGACAUCGCGGCCUACGAGGAGCGCGUGCAGGCCGUGGUGGACGUGGCACGUGAGCUGGAGGCCGAGGACUACCACGAGGUGCGCCGCGUGUGUUCGCGGCGCGACAACGUGCUGCGCCUAUGGGAGUACCUGCAGGAGCUGCUGGCGGCACGGCGCCACCGCCUCGAGGCCAACCUCGCUCUACAGCGCGUCUUCCAGGAGAUGCUGCACAUCGUCGACUGGAUGGAUGAAAUGAAGGUGCGGCUGCUUUCACAAGACUACGGCAAACACCUGCUGGGCGUGGAGGACCUGCUGCAAAAGCAUGCACUGGUGGAGGCCGACAUCACCGUGCAGGCUGACAGAGUCAAGGCCGUCAAUGCAGCGGCACAAAGGUUUUCCAGCGAAGACGAUGCGUACAAGCCGUGCGACCCGCACGUGGUCAGCGAGCGGGCUACACACCUGGAGGAGCGCUAUGCAGAGCUGUGCUCGCUGGCCGCCGAGCGGCGCUCCAAGCUGGAGGAGUCUCGCAAGCUGUGGCGCUUCUUCUGGGAGAUGGCUGAGCUGGAGGGGUGGGUGCGCGAGAAGGAGCCGCUGCUGUCGUCGGGCGACGUCGGCAAGGACCUGACGGGCGUGUUGCGCCUGCUGGGGCAGCACCGCGCCGUCGAGGAUGAGCUCAACGGCCGCUCGGCCGAUCUCAAGCAGACGGUGCGCGAAGGCGAGGAGAUGGCCGACGCGGGACACUUCGGCGCCGACGACAUCCGCGCGCGCGUCGCCGAGAUGCACGUGCUGUGGGCCAGCCUGGAGGACCUGGCGGCGCAGCGCAAGCGGCGACUGCAGGUGGCCGAGAGCCUGUACCAGUUCCAGGCAGACGCCGAUGACAUAGAGGUGUGGAUGGAGGACACGCUGCGCAUCGUCUCCAGCGACGAGAUGGGCCACGACGAGUUCUCUACUCAGUCGCUCAACAAGAAGCACAAGGACGUCACCGAGGAGAUCUCCAGCUACAGGCCUGUGUUGGAUGCGCUGCACGAGCAGGCGCAGGGGCUCCCAGAUGAGGUGACAGUCAGCGCCGGCGUGCCGGACCGCCUGGAGGCUCUGGAGCAGCGCUACCGCGAGCUCGUGGAGUUGUCGCGCGUGCGCAAGCAGCGGCUGCAGGAUGCCCUGGCACUCUACAAGAUGUACAGUGAGGCGGAGGCCUGCGAGCUGUGGAUUGACGAGAAGAGCCAGUGGCUCAAUGCCAUGGAUGUGCCCGAAAAGCUCGAGGAUCUGGAGGUUAUUCAGCACAGGUUUGAAGGUUUUGAACCAGAGAUGAACAGCCAGGCUUCUCGGAUAGCAGUCGUAAACCAACUGGCUCGGCAGCUCAUGCAUGCGGGACACCCAAGCGAACAAGACAUCAAGGCUAAGCAGGAUCAUCUCAACUCUGUCUGGAGCGACUUCCGAGAGCUUGUGGACCAAAAGAAAGAAGCACUGAGCUCCGCCCUGAGCAUCCAGAACUUCCACCUGGAGUGCAACGAAACUAAAGCGUGGAUCCGCGAGAAGACUAAAGUCAUCGAGUCCACACAGGAGCUGGGCAACGACCUCGCCGGCGUCAUGGCCUUGCAGCGCAAGCUGUCUGGCAUGGAGCGCGACCUCGCUGCAAUUCAGACAAAAUUGGCCGACUUGCAAGGCGAGGCGGAGCGUUUGGCCUCGAUGCACCCCGAGCAGGAAGAUGCCAUCUUGGGCCGCCUUGCGGAGAUUAACCAGGUGUGGGACAACCUGAAGGAGACGCUGCAGAACAGAGAGGAGUCGCUGGGAGAAGCCAGCAAGCUGCAGCAGUUCUUGCGCGACCUCGAUGAUUUCCAGACCUGGCUGUCUAAAGCUCAGACAGCGAUUGCAUCGGAGGAUAUGCCCAACACGCUCCCGGAAGCGGAGAAGCUGCUGGCGCAGCACGAAGCUAUCAAGAACGAGAUCGACAACUACCAAGACGACUACCAGCGCAUGCGCGACAUGGGCGAAGUGGUGACACGCGAUCAGAGUGACCCGCAGUACAUGUUUCUGCACCAGCGCCUGCAAGCGCUCGACACGGGCUGGAAUGAGCUCAACAAGAUGUGGGAGAACAGGCAUAGCCUACUGUCCCAGUCACAUGGCUUCCAGGCCUUCCUUAAGGAUGCCCGCCAAGCAGACGGCUUCCUCAGCAAUCAGGAGUAUGUGCUGGGCCAUGUUGAGAUGCCGGCUACCUUGGAGAGUGCCGAGGAGGCCAUCAAGAACCACGAGGACGUCAUGACGACCAUGGACACGAACGAUGAAAAAAUUGUCGGCGCGCUGGAGACCGGCAGGAGGCUGCUCACCGAGGAUAACACAUACGCAGACAAGAUCCAGGAGAAGGUAGACUCCAUCGAUGAAAGGCAUAAGAAGAACCGUAUGACAGCUGAAGAUGUUCUUGCUCGACUCAAGGACAACCGAGAUCUCCAGAGGUUCUUGCAGGAUUGCCAAGAGCUCACCUUGUGGAUCAAUGAGAAGAUGCUGACAGCCCAGGACAUGUCGUACGACGAGGCACGGAACCUGCACACCAAGUGGCAGAAGCACCAAGCCUUCAUGGCCGAGCUGGCGUCCAACAAGGAGUGGCUGGAGAAGAUUGAUGAGGAAGGGCAGCAGCUAAUGGUGGAGAAGCCGGAGACUGAGCCGAUGGUGAAGGAAAAAUUGUCAGAGCUGCACGAGCUGUGGGAUGAGCUGGAGAACACCACACAGCUCAAGGCCCAGAGGCUCUUUGACGCAAAUCGUGCAGAGCUGUUCACGCAAAGCUGUGCUGACCUGGACAAGUGGGUCAAUCAGAUCGAGUCGCAGAUCAGCUCUGACGACCACGGCAAUGACCUCACCAGCGUUAACAUCCUGAUCAAGAAACAACAGAUGCUGGAGAAUCAGAUGGAGGUGCGGAAGAAGGAGGUGGAGGAGUUGCAGAGCCAAGCGACCGUGCUGUGCCAGGAGGGGAAAGGACGGGACGAGGUGGAUAGCCAACGGCUCACGGUGGAAAACCGCUUUGAGCAGGUGCUAGCGCCCUUGCAGCAGCGACGCGACAAGCUGCUGGCAUCCAAAGAGGUGCACCAGUACAUCCGGGACCUCGAGGAUGAGAUCCUUUGGGUGGAAGAGCGCAUGCCACUGGCCGCAUCUAGAGACCACGGAAACAACCUUCAAACCGUCCAACUGCUCAUCAAGAAAAACCAGAACCUGCAGAAGGAGAUCCAGGGUCACGAGCCGCGCAUCGAGGACAUACGCGAACGCGGUGAAGACCUAAUUGCACGCGGCAGCGUCGACCCGGAGGCCAUCCAUGAAAGGCUCGAGGACCUGCGGGCGCUGUGGGCCACCAUGAUCGUGGAGGCCAAAGACCGCCACAUCCGGCUUGAGGAGUCCCUCAAGGCCCAGCAGUACUACUUCGAUGUGGCUGAGGCGGAGGCGUGGAUGAGUGAGCAGGAGCUCUAUAUGAUCGCCGACGAGAAAGCCAAGGACGAGCAGAGUGCCGUGGCCAUGCUGAAGAAGCAUCAGAUCUUGGAGCAGUCGGUGGAGAAUUACUCGGAUGUUAUUCACCAGCUGUCAGAAACCAGUCGCAACCUCGUCACUUCCAGGCAUCCAGAAAGCGAGCGCAUUGGGCUGCGACAGUCCCAGGCUGACAAGCUCUACGCUGGCCUCAAGGACCUGGCAGAGGAGCGACGGGGGCGGCUGGAGGAGCGGCACAAGCUAUUCCAACUCAACCGCGAGGUGGACGACCUGGAGCAGUGGAUUGCUGAACGCGAGGUGGUGGCCGGCUCUCAUGAGUUGGGCCAGGACUACGAACACGUCACCAUGCUGAGCGAACGUUUUGCGGAGUUCGCACGCGACACGGCGACGAUCGGCCAGGAGCGUGUGGACAGCGUGAACAGGAUCGCAGACGCGCUGAUCGAGGCUGGCCACUCGGACUCCGCCUCGGUGGCUGACUGGAAGGAUGGCCUCAACGAGGCAUGGGCCGACCUCCUGGAGCUCAUCGACACACGCACUCAGAUGCUGGCCGCCUCGUAUGAGCUGCAUCGCUUCAAUCACGACGCACGUGAGGUGCUGUCCCGUAUCAACGAGAAGCAAAUGCAGCUGCCUGAGGAGCUGGGCCGUGACCAGAACACAGUCGAGAGCCUACAGCGCAAGCACACCACCUUCGAGAACGACAUCCAGGCACUCGGCGUGCAGGUGAAGGUGCUGCAGGAGGAUGCGGAGAGAUUGAGAGGAAGCUACGCAGGGGAGAAAGUGGAGGACAUCGAGCGGCGGGAGGAAGAGGUGGUGACCGCCUGGAAGGGGCUGCUGGACGCCUGUGAAGCUCGCAAGCUGCGGCUAGCUGACACUGGCGAGAAGUUCCGCUUCUUCAGCCUCGUGCGGGACCUGAUGCUCUGGAUGGAAAACACAAUCCGGCAGAUCAACGCCCAGGAGAAGCCGAGGGAUGUCUCUUCAGUGGAGUUGCUGAUGAACAACCACCAGGGAAUUAAGGCGGAAAUUGAUACCCGAAAUGACAACUUCACGACCGUCAUUGAGCUUGGGAAAUCUCUACUAGCCCGUCAACACUACGCAACAGACGAGAUAAAAGAGAAACUUGGUCAGCUGACUGACAAGCGAAAGGAGAUGGUCAGCAAGUGGGAGGAGAGAGCCCACUGGCUCAAACUGAUCCUCGAGGUGCACCAGUUUGCGCGCGACGCGGGGGUUGCCGAGGCAUGGCUGCUGGCCCAGGAGCCACACAUCACCACGCAGGAGGUCGGCGAGAGCGUGGACGAGGUGGAGCAGCUGCUCAAGCGCCACGAGGCCUUUGAGAAGUCCGUCUCCACAUGGGAUGAGCGAUUCAACGUGCUCGAGAAGCACACCACCCUGGAACUCUUGGAGCUGCGCAAACAACAGGAGAAGGAAGAUGAAGAGAGGAAGCAGCAGAAACUGCAGGCUGAGUUAGACGAAAAGAAACGCGAAGAGCAUCAUAUAGCUGAACAACAAAGGAUACAGAGUCAAGAGGUCACACAAAACGGCAUCUCUUCCGACCAAGAAUCACCCAGGCAGGGCUCCAACAUGCUGGAUCCAUCGGUGAACGGCAAUGGCGACAACGAGGCAGAUGGUGCGAGGAAGCUGACCCCGGAGCCAUCGCCAUCGUCCGACCGUCGGAAGCCCCAGACGCUGCAUUCUCAGUCUGUGUCCACAUUGCCUGGCAAGGCCGAGGAGGCAUCAGCCUUCCGCAAAGAAGGCUUCCUGUUGCGAAAACACGAGUGGGAGUCGCAUAACAAGAAGGCGUCCAGCAGGUCUUGGCACACACUUUACUGUGUGCUGCACAACCAAGAAUUUGGAUUCUACAAGGAUUCCAAGAACAUGAACACUGGAAACACCUACCAUAAUGAAAUCCCUGUCAAUUUGGCCAACGCGGUGUGUGACGUUGCCUCGGACUACAAAAAGAAGAAGCACGUGCUCAGACUUAAGCUUCCUGAUGGAAAUGACUACCUGCUUCAGGCCAAAGAUGAUGAGGAGAUGGCCAACUGGAUACACAGCAUCAAGGCAGCAGCUUCGAGCCGGGACUCAAGCUCGCCCAGCAGCCAAGGGAGCCAGGCGCCCAUGCGCUCCAAGACCAUGCCGUCCGGCCCUCCCAGCGAAGCCACCAGCCCUGAGAAGAAGGAGAAGGAUCGGGAGAAAAGGUUUAGCUUCCUUAAGAUGAAGAAGUAGACGCUACAUUGCCGGCCGCAUGGCUCUACACGUCGAUCCGUUGUGUACACGGGAAUAUGAAGGUCACUACUGUUAGUUAAAACUUUGGAACAGUGUUUUGCAAAUAAUUUUUAUGGCUGAUAAAGCGGGCGUAGGGUAGCCCUCAAAAGACGUUAAUGUAGGAUGAACCGGGCAGUUUUGUUAUCGCUGGUUGUAGACCGAACACGACAUUAAAGUCAGCAUGCAGUGGUGUAGCUAUGUCAUGGAACGUAUCCUUACUGUGAUUAAGAGUUAAUUAGUUCUUUACGGUAAUGACAUUUACUGUGAGGCAGCUUUUUAGAAGGGUAGUAGGGUGUGUUUCUUUUGGAAUAUUUUAUUAGAUAGUUUUUUUUUCAUUUUAUUGUAUUACAAUCUUUUUAUCAUUCCUAUACUGGACAAAAAUGACUGGACCAAUUUAAAAUAUGGUUUUAAUCACUACAGUUUAUGCAAGCUUAUGAAAAACAAAGAGGAUGCAAAUUACCAUGUUGUGAUGAUUAUUAUUAUUGUUAGCAUUCUGCCAUUAAUGAGCCGUUAUUUCUGGGCACACUGUCUACAGCAUGAUUUGAUAACGUGCUAUUUAAACUCCCCUCGUGGACCCCACAAUAAAACAUGAAGAAUUGCGUUGGACGGGAGAGGGAUUGCUUGCUAAUAUAUUCAUUUCACCUGGAAGCAGACCCCAGCUUUUGUCUUGUGUACAUGUAAGAUUAUUCCUUGGUAAUUGAUGGAUAAGAGAAGGCUUACCAUAGCAAACUGACAAUGAGGAGUACUUUAGGUUUGUUCUGAAUGUCGUUCGAGGACCUUCAAUUUUAUUGACUUUCCAAUAUAUGUGUAGUAAAAACAUACCAACUAGAACUUCAUGUAAACGACUUAUCCUGUAAAGCUUGCCAUAUUGGGGUACCAGAUUAUAUACAUAAGUAAGUCUUCUUUGUUGUUUUAUUGCACUUCUUGUUAAACAUUUUUCAACUGUAUCCAUUCAAAGUAUGUUAAUAAACUUAAUCAGCCUACCAAAUUAUUCCCAUUGGUCACUUAUUUUGUUAGUGUAAAACCCAUUUAAACACAGUGCAAACAUUGUACAGGUUGCUCGUGUCCGCAGUGCAGGAUAACUCUCAAGUCCGUGUGGGAGCAGAGUAGGGGACACUGAUGUUGAGGGCAUAAGGUUCAUUGUGGUGUCUACAAAAACAUGUUUUGUGACCAGAGGUUUUUUGAGACAGGCAGAUGCCCAUGGCUGAUAAAGAAUAAUAACGUACAGUGAGUCAUCUGUUACAGAGCUGCAGACUGAAUUUCCAUCGGGCCAUUUUCCAUGACACUCCAAAACGGUUGGAUUUAAAUCCCUACAAUCUGUUUAUAUCAAAUAGGGUUUGUUUUCCCCAAACGUCUUUAUAUACGAUUUGUGUAAUUGUGCAAUUCAUUUUAAUAAGACAUAUAACGCAACUCUGGCACGAAGAGCAUGAGUAAAAUGGUAAUGGAUGUGGGAGUGGUGCAAAUGCCAAUUGUUGACCUCUUGAUAACCUUUGACCCCUUGACUAUUGGAAUAAUUUUUCGUGUCUUGCCCAGAACAACUCUUAGAAUGGAGUGUUGUUAUCUGUUGGGCAAUUCCUCCUGCGAUGACCCCAACACCAUGAUUAUCGGCUCGCCCAAUUCCAAGGGGCAAUACAGCUUUGAAGUGGAGUGAAAAAAAGAGGAAUCGUUAAAGUUUUACAAUGAAUAAAAAAUCCAAUAAAAUUAUAUUGCUUGUAAUAUCCAGAGAUAAAUCCCCGUGAAGAAUAUUAACACAUUUAACCAAAAAUGUACAUUUGUUUUUACACUGGAUGAAAAAUGUAAGAAUGCAAAUGGAGUGAAAAUAAAACCAUUUCCC